UGAUGACGUUGGUAACGGAUGCAUCCUCCAGGAAGUCCGUUUGGUGCAACACGACGUUCGUGUCAGGAACGAGGAGGUGAGGAUAGCUGCAAAGCUCGGACGCCACCGUCGGACAGGCAUCAAGGACGGGGGCUUGCUGCUUGCACAGCCUGCAGCGAGCCACUCCACACCACACGUCGUCUCGCAGGUAGUGCUCCCGCACCACCUUCACCACGGCGCCUUUCUUCGUCUUCUUCACAAACGUUUUCGAAGCCAACAUGUUCGUUCACAUGCAUAAGGUGGGCUCCAAAUGGAGUGGAACUAGCCCCGCCUACUUGUGAAACUGUAGCUUCAGGUCGAUGAUGGAGGGUGAUAGCCAGAGCUUAUCUUCAGUGGGCAGUGAUCUAAACCUUCUGGGAUCAGCAACAUACGAGUUUCAGCAUCAGGACAUCCACUCCUCUUGCCCGGAGAAGAUCAUCAUAUGUGUGGACCUGGCCCAAGAAGUGGAGACAAUCCCUGUCAAAUCCCAGUCAAAGGGAACUAGUGUGUCUCUACUGACUUGCCUCAAGAAUGCCCUAAGACUGUUUGUCUACAACAAGACACUAAUGAACUCUGAGCAUGAGUUUGCUCUGGUGGUACUCACCAGUGAGGCAAACUGGUUCUGCAACUUCAACAGUGACCCUGCUCUGGUGUGCCAGGCCAUCAAUGACUUGGAGGCAGUUCAAGAGAACUUCGAAUCGUUCGGUAAACCCCCCUAUAUCAUUGGACUUUUGGUGCAAUCUCUCCUUAUCAUUGACAGACACAGCAUCACUGUACUCUAUCAUUAUACCAUAGCACUACUGGUUCUGUCUCUCUUGCUGGAUUUUGUUUCCAACUAUGAGAACUGCCCUCCUCCCCCUGUACCGGAGUCCCCUCUCCUGUCUCCUCCCUACGUGGUCCGCACCAUCCUCAUCUACACUCGCUCUCACAGCAUGCCUGUCUACAGAGGAGACCCCGCAGCCCACGAUGCACUAACAAUGUCUCCAUACUUCUUCCUGGAUGUGCUGUAUGCCCACGAACCUCCUGGAAUAUCCAACAUGUGUGAAGGGAUAUUUGAUAUUCUGGCGGAGAUGUACCCGCUACCCAAGGCCCUGGUUCUAGACUGGUCCCACAACAUCACCCUCCUCUUCAACUGUUUUGCCAAACUCCUGGCCCACCCACUCCAGAGACCGGUGCAGAUCAAGAUGGACCACAAACUGGACAGCUAGCAGUCACUCUCUUUUGUCUGUGUGUUGCUUUUAUAAUGCAUUCUCCUUGCCAUACUGCACAUGCCGGUCA